GUCCUCGUCGGCGCCGCGCUUGGGUUUGUGUCUGAUAUUUGGUUGUGGUAUACUCCCCACCGGCAAGCACUGGAUGCGUGACGCUGGCUUCUUCAAAUUCAUCGUUGGCGCCGUUCCCGAUAUCCUGUUUGGCGUCGUGUUUGACGAAGGGAUGUGUGCGCUGUACGUCCCGUUCGCCAAGCGGCUCGCCGAAGUACAAGUUUGAGUGGGAAUUUGAGCGGUCCGUGGUAUACAAGAUGUACUCGUUCUACUUUCUCAGCGUGUGUGUCUACUACGUUUGCGUCGGGUUCAUCUACAUACCGUUUGAGCCAUUUUCGGCGAUCUGGACCGUUGACGACGGCGUCGAAGUGGAUCCGAAGCGCUUUGCCGACCUCAUGCGGAACACGUUUCUCACGACCCAAUUCGCCAAGCUUGGAGCCAAGUAUUGGCUCCCGAUAUUGCUGACGCGGUUGGGAAGUCAAGUCCAUCAGCGGCUGCGAUCGCUGGCACACGCCAUCCGAAAUCGCACCCGCACGGUGCUGCCCCAUUUUGAACAAGUGGACGAGGAUGUCCUCGAAGAACUCGCCCGGCCGCCAUGGGAUCUGUUUGCCGAAUACGACGACAGCAUCUCGCAGUACUCCAACCUCGCGUGCUUCACCAUCGUGUUUCCGUUUGCCCUCCUCGCCGCCCUCGCCACAAAUGUCCUGCACCAACGACUCAACAUGGUCGCGCUGAGCUAUCACCACCAGCGCCCCGUUCCAGAACGAUCCAAGGGUAUUGGGGCGUGGUUUGACAUCCUCGAGUUUAUCUCCCACUGCGCGAUGCUCGAAAAUAUGUGCAUAAUCAUGAUCACGAUGGGAGUUGCCAAGGACAUGGAAGUGUGGAAUAUGCUACAGCUGUCGUCGUCGCAUGCCCCUGACGGCGCGACCUCGGCGAUGCCAUGUGGAGGCAAUGAAGUCGUGUACACGAGAGCUGCCCUUGUAAGCUGGGUCGUUGCCGCGAUGACGAACCUCAUCGCGAAUACGUUUGGCGCCAUCUUCUUCGAGCCGACCCAUCCCGACGUGGUCCGGGCAGAACGACGCAAGUACAAGAAACUCCUGCACACCCUGCACGCGCAAACGACAUCUCGGUGA